AUGGAAAAAGUUAUUCAGCUCACAAAGCCCCUCGACAAGUACGGAGACAACGUUCCACAACUAGUUGAACUAUCAAAGAAAACCAAGCUCCCAACUGGUGUUCUACUAUCUGCAAUCGUUCUUGUGUCAUCAAUUCUUAUUCUUGUGUUCUUCGGUGGAAUGAUCCUCAGUGUCGUAUUCACUGUCGUUUAUCCCUCAAUUCAAAGUAUCAAGGCUAUCGAAUCAGAUGGAGAGAAUGAUGAUAAGGAAUGGCUUACUUACUGGACCAUUUUCGGUCUCUUCCACAUGGUUGACGAGUUCGGCGGCUUCGUUCUCAGCUUCUUACCCUUCUACUUCUACAUCAGACUCGCCUUCUUCUUAUUCCUGAUGCUCCCACAAACCAAAGGUGCACUCACUAUCUACAAAUAUAUCGUUGGACCAAUCCUAAAGCAACACAAGGCCUCAAUCUAGGCCUUCAUUGAUGAGGUCAAAGGAUCAGCUGGAGACAUCACCUCCGCUGCCAGACAACAAGCCAUGAAAGAAUUAAACAACCCCGCCAAUCUCAUGAAAGCAGCUCAAUAUGCCAAGGAUGCUCAAGAUCAAAUCAACAAGGCAGGAGGAGAGGCAGCUUAUUCCCAAUAAUGA